GCGGGGCUCGGCACGAGCUGACAGCUCGGUCUGCGCCUGCGCCCUCCCUGGUCUUUUACGGCCGCCGUAAAGGGGCUCUGUCUUCGGCUGCGGCUUUGAAGGGGUCGGUUGUUCCCACUGCCUCGAGGCCAUGGAUGCACGAUUCACAAGGGGGAAGUCGGCCAUCCUGGAGCGGUCACUAGUGAGGCCCAAGACGGAGGUGAGCUUGAGUGCCUUCUCCCUGCUGUUCUCGGAGCUGGUUCAGUAUUGCCAGAAUCGUGUAUACUCUGUGGCAGAGCUGCAGGCACGGCUGGCAGAACUGGGUCAGCAGGUAGGCGCCCGAGUGCUGGACGGCCUGGCCACUCGGGAGAAGGGAGGCCGACGGGAGACCCGGGUACUGGGUGCACUGCUCUUUGUCAAGGGUGCAGUGUGGCGGGCACUCUUUGGCAAGGAGGCAGACAAGCUGGAACAAGCCAACGAUGAUGACAAGACGUACUACAUCAUCGAGCGUGAACCGCUCAUCAACACCUACAUCUCUGUGCCUAAGGAGAACAGCACACUUAAUUGUGCCAGCUUCACAGCAGGUGUCGUUGAAGCUGUACUCACCCACAGUGGCUUCCCUGCCAAGGUCACUGCCCACUGGCACAAGGGUACCACCCUCAUGAUCAAGUUCGACGAGGCUGUCAUUGCCCGGGACCGGGCCCUGGAUGGGCGCUGAGCUGAGGACAGACUAGGGAAUGAUAGGGCCGGGCCCUUCUUUGUACCUUUGAGCCACGGUCCCUUGUCCCCCGGAUUGCUCCCAUUGCCAGAUGAGCGACCUUUGCCCGCCCCCAGCCUUUCUGCUGUGAUGUGAACCCUCGUCACUCCUCCCGGCUCUUAACUCUCUGCAUUCAGUCACCAGGCCUCAUCUGUCUAUAGUUUCUGGUGUCAGGGAAUCUGUUCCCUGGCAUGCUCAGGGGCAAGGGGCUCAGGCUCUGGACUUGAUGAGGCUAACCUCCAUGGUCUGGGUUUGGCCUGGUUUUUUUUUUAUUUUUUUUUCUGUGUCAUCUCCUGAAUGGUUUGGAGAUGAGUGGGGGUGGGAAGAGGGGAGGGUCCAGUUCCUAUCACCUGGGUUUUCUUACCCCUUGACUCUUCUUUGCCUGUUUUCUUGGGGAACUCAGUGUAGGGGCUUCUGUACAUUAUCCCCUAGCCAGGGAAGACAGGCAGUUUCCCUUGAAGAAAUUCUACAGUCUGUCUGUAUUGUAGUCACCGGACCCUCAUGUCUUCUUUAGAAGCAACGUCUAGGGGAUAUCUGUUUGCAGGUCCCCGUGGCUCCAUAUCUGCUUCCUGGAGAAGGGGAGGUUCCAGAUGAUUCUAUCCCAUGACACACGGGCUGGGGAUUAGAAACAGAGCUGUUCCAAUGGUUUCUAUUCCUGCUUGAGUAGGGAUAAUCAGACCCAAAACUGGCCUUUUAGUAGCUAUUAUACAGUCAGAGGCAGAAGGUUUGGGUUUCCAUCUCAGUUCUAGGGAAAGAGUAUGGUCAAAUGUUUAAUCCCUGUCUCGCCCCAGGAUUCCUCUGUCCUUUCUCAGUUCCUGCCCCUUCCCCCCUCACCCACCUGAGUCCUGGGUGAUAGUUCAGUCCUCAUAAUUUCUUUUGGAGCUCUGAGGACAGUGAAUUGCUGCUAGAACAGUGUGAUAUACAUUAAAGUUAAGUGUUCCUGGAGAUAA